CGUGCCAGUCUCGUCUGAACAAGCGGUGGGGUUCACGGAGCUAACAGAGGUCGUCGUUUCCAUCCACACCUGGUUUUGACGUUUUGAUAUCAAAAUGGGGGCUUGUCUGGCGUUAUGUUCCUUAGCCAGUUGUGCCUCCUGUCUGUGUGGCUCAGCACCAUGUUUGCUCUGUGGCUGCUGUCCCUCCUCCAAUAACUCCACCAUCACUCGAUUGGUUUUCUCCUUCUUUUUACUGCUGGGGACCAUGGUGUCUGUCAUUAUGAUCCUUCCUGGAAUGGAGGCAGAGCUCCGGAAAAUCCCCGGGUUCUGCCAAGAUGGAAGUACUAUACCAGGCUUUGAAAACCAGGUUAACUGUGAUGUUAUUGUGGGCUAUAAGUCUGUGUACCGUAUGUGCUUUGCCAUGGCCUGCUUCUUCUUCCUUUUCUCUGCAAUCAUGAUCAAUGUCCGCAGCAGCAAAGACCCACGUGCAGCUAUUCAAAAUGGGUUCUGGUUCUUUAAGUUUUUGAUCCUGGUUGGCAUUACAGUGGGAGCUUUCUUCAUCCCUGAUGGAACAUUUCACACUGUGUGGUUUUACUUUGGAGUGGUGGGAUCCUUCAUCUUCAUUCUCAUCCAGCUCAUUCUCCUCAUUGACUUUGCCCACUCCUGGAACAAGGUGUGGGUGGAGAAUGCUGAAAAUAGUGACAACAAAUGCUGGUUUGCAGGCCUGCUAUCUUUCACCAUCCUCCACUAUGCCCUGGCUAUUGCUGCAGUGGUCCUUUUCUACAUUUAUUACACUCAGCCUAAUGACUGCACUGAGCACAAGGUUUUCAUCAGCCUUAACCUCAUCUUCAGCAUCAUCAUCUCUAUUGUCUCCAUCCUGCCCAAAGUACAGGAAGCCCAGCCACACUCUGGUCUGCUCCAGGCUUCACUCAUCUCCCUCUACACCAUGUAUGUCACUUGGUCUGCAAUGACCAACAACCCAAAUCGUAAGUGUAAUCCCAGCCUGUUGAGUCUUGUGUCAAACGUCAGCACAACUGAACAAACCCCAGACAGCACCACAGGACAGGUGCAGUGGUGGGACGCUCAGGGUAUCGUCGGUUUGAUUAUUUUCCUCUUCUGCACUCUCUAUGCCAGUAUCCGUUCAUCCAGUAACACCCAGGUAAACAAGCUGAUGCAGACUGAGGAAGGCAGGGGUUCAGGUGGCGAGGGUGAGGUAGGAGAGGACGGGCUACGCAGGGCUGUGGACAAUGAGGAGGAAAAGGUUUCUUACAGCUACUCCUUCUUCCACUUUCACCUCUUUCUGGCCUCUCUGUACAUCAUGAUGACCCUCACCAACUGGUACCAACCAGACACCAGCACCCAGGCCAUGCAGAGCAGCAUGCCAGCCGUGUGGGUGAAGAUGAGCUCCAGCUGGCUGGGCCUCGGUCUCUACCUCUGGACCCUCAUCGCCCCUCUCAUCUUCCCAGACAGGGAUUUCAGCUAAAAAGACCUUGUCCUGCCAUUGUCACAUUGUUGCUAUCUUUUAAUUUUUCUGGCAUGGGAUGUUAAGCUAUGUAAGGAUAUUACAAUGGAAACACAUUUUGUUUUUUUUCAUUGAUUUUAAUAUUUUUGAAGAGGUGAUCUCUGAAGGUUAGUUAUGUUCGUGUUUUACUCUUUUUAUGUGCAUUGAAUUUUGAUAAUCACUACAGUUGUUACAUUUGAAAACAAAUGUUUUUUUUUGUUUGUUUUUUUUCCUUGGGCUAUCUGAAGGUGCUCCCAUUAUGGAGUUUUUCAUUUAACAAUUCACCUUGACUGAAGUCUCUCUAUCUUCCCCCAUAAUAUGGUGAUUCUGUGAGCUUGAUUAUCUUCUUGCUGAAUUUUUAGUCACGGAACUAUAGCAAAGACUCAUCAAUCAGGCACAUACUCAAUACCUCAGACAUUUCAGAUAGAGAUUCCCUUUUAAAGGCCAACUAGGUCAGACUGAUUGGCCUGGUCUGGGAUCCCCCUGACUAGUUGGACACUUUUAGCUCUGGAGGUAGCGAGGGCAACCCUCUUCAGCGCCCCAAAGAGACAUGAGUGUGAAUGUUAGAUAAGGCAAAUAUGACACACCCUACAGUUCAUAACAGGGUUUCCUUGUUGCUGCAAGACUGGCUGCAGAUCCACAUAACUACUUAUCGAUGCACCUUGACCCAAAGAGUCCCUAAACACAGUUAGUUUAAUCUCUGCUCUUCCUAGUCUGCUCCAAUAUACAAUAAUUUAUCUCUGGUGCUAUACCUUUCCAUGUCGUACUGUGUCUGGCCUUGUACAGCCACGGGCAACAAUCUGUACCUGGUAUAGCAAUCUGUCUGCAGUAGAGAGACAUGUAUUGAUCCAUAGCAAUCAGAUGUGCGGUGGUCUGGCUGAGGAGGUGAGGGUGGCCUCAGCUCCACACUGCUCCCACAAGUAUGUUGCCAGACUGUUGGAGAGUCUACUUAGUUAAGAAAAAGGAAAUUUGUGUGAUGUCUUGCAUUGUACAGAAUAACAAAGCAUUUCAGAAAUGAUAAGUCGCUGUUAAAUGGUAUUGACUAAACAAGUAGUGUGUCUAUGGUCGGUACAGUAAUUUUAUGCAUUAUAUAUUUACCUCAACUUGAAUAUAAAUGGAAUGACUUAAAGUAAGGUAUUUUGUACUUUAAAAAAUGUUUAUAGCAGUCUUGAAAAUGCCAUUUAAAAAAUCAUUUCAACGUCCAGAAUUAUCAAUUGAAUUUCUUGUAUCUGAUUGCUUGUGCAAGUGAGUGUUGUGGAUGGAAUUUUUCAGUGUUGUGAUGAAUUGAAAAUUCAGUUGUUAUAUCAGUUUCAUUGUUUAACAGACAAGUCAAACAUGGUGUAUGUAUUUUACAUUUCAGCCCUGCUUUGAAGACAUCAAGACAAAGUUUAAUGAUGAUCUUGCAAAAUUGGCAGUGCUAUGACCUAUAUUUCUAUUAAUGAGUAUUAAGUGCCUUUUUUGCAGUCCUGCAUUUCAGAAAGAAUGGAAUACUAAUUCUGAUAUGUACUUAAUAUGCCUUGCCUUACACAUUGUGGUGAUCAGCCAUUUUGCAUGUCAUAAGGCUUAGGCCUAUCACAUGGAUUAAUGUAGGAAUUAUUCAUGUAAAUACUGUUUUUAAUAAAGAUGUAAAUCUGCCACU